GACGAGGGAAUCUCUCGUCGCUUUAUUAAAAUGCACGGACGAACACUCCCUCUCUGCGUUUAGGACAAAGGGCCGAAAAAACCUCUUUGAGUUGCAGAGGAAGAAGGUAUAACACCAUGUCUAGGGUUUUCGAAGCGAGCAGAGUCCUUAUGGCGGUUGCCAAAACUAAAGCAAAAUCCACCGCUAACCCUUCCCUUUUGAAACCUUCUCAGCCAAAACCUACCGCUAAGCCAGCUCGUAGUACCAGUGGCAUCUUUAAAAGCAUUCCUGUCUCUCCAGCCAUGCGCAAGUUUCUCGGUGUUCCGGAUAUUUCUCGCACUGAUGCCAUGAAAAAGGUUUGGGAGUACAUUAAGGCAAACAAUCUUCAGAACCCUGCAGAUCGCAAGGUGGUGAUGUGUGAUGAGAAGCUGAAGACCAUCUUUGAAGGGAAGGACAAAGUUGGAAUUCUGGAGAUUGCAAAGCUGAUGAGCGUCCAUUUCGUGAAGCCCAACUGAGGUGGCCUCAGGUUUACGAACUGUUGUUUCCUGCUUUUGCCCUCAACAUUACCUGAUUUGACUCCACUAGUACCUGAUGUCCUCUGCACUGAAGCUGUUAUGAUUUGCUAUGUCCUUGUACAAUUAGGCACUGAUACUGAACGCAAAUUUAGUUUCUCUACACUGCAUUUGCCCUUUUGGACAGUGACUGUGGGCUUUUGCAUCAUCUGCAAACAAUUCUCUGAUCAUAGUUACAGGUUUUUGUACGAUGGGUGUUAUUCAAUUGUGGUUAGUUUGAAGGGCUUUUUCAAAUC